AUGGAUCAGCCAGCCAGCAGCUGCAUGCGGAGCGCCCACCCCGGCAGCCCCAUUUGGGGGUGCGUGAGGAACCCUCACCCCGGAGCGGGGCUCCAGUCACCCUACCAGCAGGCCCCCUUCUCCCUGCACCAAAAGCCUGAGUUCCUGGCCUACACAGACUUCUCCACCUCCUGCCUGGUGCCUGCGCCCCACGCCAGCUUCCCCCGCGACGACAGACUCUACCCAGAGCCCCAUGCGGGCUUCCAGAGGGCCGACUGGCAGUUCCCCCAGUGUGAGGCGCGGGGCCGGGGGCAGGAGGCCUGUCUGGGGGAGCCCGUGGCGGUGGGUGGUGGAGGAGUGGUGGGGGGCAUAGACAGCACAGGUGGGGACAGGCUGCCAGGGGCAGUGGCCGGGUGUCUUGAGGGGGAGUACUCGCCACAGAGCAUGGCAUCGGCCGACACAGAGAAGAAGAGCUCCAAGAGGAAGAGAGACAUAGCAGAUAUUCAGGACUUCAAGGUGGACUCUAACUGCAAAGCGAGGAAAGAGCGCACAGCAUUCACCAAAGAGCAGCUCCGGGAACUGGAAACGGAGUUCACCCACCAUAACUACCUGACCAGACUGCGUCGCUAUGAGAUCGCUGUCAACCUGGACCUCACGGAGAGACAGGUGAAGGUGUGGUUCCAGAACAGGAGGAUGAAGUGGAAGAGGGUGAAAGGAGGACAGCCUGCUUCCCCUAACGACCUGGAGACGGACGACAUAGACUCUGCUGCCUCACCCAGCUCAGAGUGA